AUGUCAGACGUCGAAGCCCAGCCGCCAAAGGUGGCGCCAACAGGGCCCGCCCGAGACUCGGAACCUCGCAAACGCAGCCGCUCGCCUCGCCGAGGAACCGACAGCUACAGAGGAGGAGGGGCAGGAGCCCGAGAUUCGGACUCCGGCAGGGACAGGAACAGAGACAGAGGCAUGGAUGACCGGAGGGAUGACCGCAGAGGUGACCGCGCCGAUCGAGGCGAUCGCGACAGAGACGACAGGCCACGCCCAAGGAAGAAGAACUUUGGCGGCUUCGCCUACAAGGACAAGCGCCGGGACGAGGGCGGCAGGGACGACAGGGACCGGGACGAUGACCGCCGUGGCGGAGGAUCCUACAGAGGCUACAGAGACCGCUCGCGCUCGCCGCGGCGCCGGCCCAGAGACAGGGACGAGGACCGCGACCGUGGCGGGCGGGACGACAGGCGCGGCGGGCGGUCCGAGGACACGACCAAGCCCCCGAAGCGACCGGCCGCGGCGUCAUCAUCGUCUAAUGCAGCGGCUGCCGCGCCGAACCAGGGCUUCAUCGUGGUGUGGGUCAACGACCGGCUGGGCACCAAGGAGGCGAUCCCGUGCCUGCCGUCGGACACGGUGGGCCAGUUCAAGAUCCUGGUGGCGUCGCGCAUCGGGCGCAAGCCGCACGAGAUCAAGCUGCAGAAGCAGGGCGAGCGGCCGCUGAAGGACAUGAUCACGCUGGCCGACUACGAGAUCUCGAACGGCCGGCAGCUCGAUCUGGAGGUGGGCACGGGCGAUUAG